UUUGCGAAGAGCCGAUCCGCAGCAAGGUUGGAAGUUAGCCUGGGCUGAUUUCUCAUCUCUUGCGAUCAAGGCUAAUGCUUCGCCUCCCGAUGCGCCCACAUCCUGUAGGCUGAUCAGUCGCUCAUCUCAUAGCUAUCUGCCUCUCAAUUGAUUGCGUCUAAUGAGCUGCACCAGCGUUAAUCCUUUGAUGCUACAGAGGGAAUCUUAUCCCAUGUUAGCAAUCUUCUCAUUAAACACCCUCGCAGCCUUGUUGCAGAUUCAACAUACAGCGUUCCUUCUCGGCUUUGAGUCUAUUUUGACAAUAUUUACCGAUUCGAAUUCUUUCCACUUUUGAUCCUCCGGCAAUAUGCAUUGGCUCCAGCCAGAGGGUGAUGGUAGAAUCACUUUGAACGCACUACGACUCGGUGUCAUCGGUUUCGUAGCCAUUUUAGGAGAAGGCUCAGUGCUCGCCAACGCGCAGGUGUUGACUCUGACGACAUGGAUAUUUCUCCCGUGUUUGUUUCCAGCGCCGCACGCUUUCAUGAGACCGGCCAGACCCACAUUGCUUGCGCCUGUUCCUGGAUUCGUUACUGGCAUCUUCUCAGGUAAUCACAGAAAUAAUGUCAAUUAUAUCGGAAAUAUUGUCUGUGAUGCAAACGACCUACUUCCGCACUCCGUCCGCGCUGUCGAGAUCAAGCGCACCAGCAAUCAACCCAUCAGAUUAAAGACCUUGGCUCCACUAUCUAUCGUCCUUUUCCUCGGUUCCAGUUUGUCAAUCCUUCUCCUUGGGCUAUCGAUAUGGCGUGAAGACGGCAUGUCAAUCUUAGCCACGAUUUUCCUCUCGUGCCUCUCGUCUCUCAUAGGGCUCGCCAACAAAUGGACGCUACGACUUCCCAAGCGCAUGAUCAAGCAAGGAGAAAUUCCUCGUGGAGACGUUGUGGUUCGGUACCCCAAAGGUAGUUUCCUCAUAGUCCGCUGCGACGAAAUCGUUGCUCGGGAGUUGUACUUCGCGCCCGAAACGAUCGAGUACCUCGUGCAACACGACGCUGCGUACCGCAUCCUCUCCCUAGUCGGCACAAUGCUGCUAAUGAGCGGUGUAAUCGCCCUCGCAAAUGCACAAAUCGAAUUGCAAAUUGCCUGGGCAGGCUCAUAUAUGCUUAUCGGCUCCAGCUACUGGAUCCUUGCUGCGCUGCCUGGGAAAGUGCACUGGGACACAUCCUGCUACACUGUAUCUAGUGAGUGUCUCUCUGACUCGAACAUGACGAAGAAAGGAUAUCCGAGUGAGAACAGUACAUUCACACAAGCGCUCUGGAAGGCGAUUGUGGUCAUCAAGAAUACAGAUUGGGUAGGGAGAAGCGACGCUUGUCCGGAUACGCCUGCGUGGAGUGACUGGUUGAGCGCGGCGAGGGCGUGUAGUAAGGACGCUAGGGAGGCGGAGGAAAAAGUCAAGGGUGUAAAGACGUGGGCGGUGCCAGCUUGGAAUGCUCAAAGUUAUCUGGCGGAGGUCCUGGAUAAGCAAGCGAAGAUGGAUGUGAAGAAUAUGGGGGAAGGAGAAGACGAGGUCGAUGAUAGGACGGCAUGCAGCCUUAGAUAGCGUAGUACCUUACGAAGC